CGUGACCCGCGCUCGACCGCGCACCUGUGCCGCACGAAAGCGAAACGCCUGACGCGCGCAAAAACGGAAGUGCAGUGACUCAUUCAAAAUAUCGAACCGUUUUGAACUCUGAAUUCGGAAUUGAACUAUUUCUAUUUUAUCUAUUGACUUUGAAUAGUGUUAACGGGAUAAAAAUUGAGGGGUACGCGAAACCAUCAGCACGUAAAGGAGAUUAAAUCAAGAGGCACGACAACACUUUCACCAGUACACCACGACCUUCCCACGGUGAAACCGUGUGAAGAAAACCUGGAAAAUGAUACACAUGUUGAGAAUCGAUAAAGUUUUUCCAUGCAUCAAAUAAUCGUGCAAUAUGAACGCGUGGAAGCGUUCCCUAUCCGCAAUAUUCCGGUUCGAUUUGGACCUGAACCGGCCGCGGGUCCGGUUAAAAGCGGUUUCGUCCAGAUGCGGCCAGAUGUUGUGGUUGAUAUUGCUGUUUGCGGUGGUUGCUGCCAAUCGGCCACCGCGGUUUCUUAUAGAUGGACAGUCUGAAAUUGUUGUCAGGUUGAAGGAAGGAACAGACACUCCAGUUGGUAGCUUGAUAUACCGACUACGGGGCGUUGACCCUGACGGAGAUACGCUGAAGUUUGGCAUCAGAGAUCAGCUCGGUAGUGAUAUUUUGAGAUUAGAAGCCAUUUCAUCCAACGAAGCUAAUAUUUAUUUAGUUAAGGAAUUAGAUAGAGAGGUUCGUGAUGAAUACUCCUUCGUGCUUACGUUAACAGACGGGCAUUUGGGGGAGGGUAAUUUCAUCACGCAAAGCUUUUUGCUAUUAGUCGAAGAUGUGAACGACAACGAACCUAUUUUCAAGCCGUAUCCCUCCGCAAUCACCGUGAAAGAAGGAGCUCCUCCCAGUGUAUUGACCACCGUGGAGGCAACGGACCUUGACGAAGGAGCUUAUGGACAAGUAUUAUAUCACUUACAAGAGAUAGAUGGUGAUGUGGAGAACUUCGCUGUACAAACAGUGAAUGGAAAAGGUGUUAUUCGCUUGAUAAAUAGGUUAGACUAUGAGAAGAAGUCGUUGUAUCAGUUACGGGUUUUGGCGGUUGAUAGAGCGAAUCAAGGGCGGGUGAACACAGGGACUGCGGCUAUACUAGUCAAGGUGCAGGAUGAAGAGGAUCAGCCCCCGGAGUUCGUUGUCGCCAGCCCGGUUACAAGGAUUAGUGAAGAUGCGCCCAUUGGAACUUCUGUUUUAGAAGUACGAGCAAUUGAUGGAGACCGAGGCAUCAACAACCGUAUCUCAUACAGCAUCAUAUCAGGCGGAGAAGAUCAUUUUGACAUUGACAGCAGCUCUGGGGUGGUGUAUACCAUCAACCAGCUUGACAGAGAGGACCCCAAUAAUAGCAAUGGAGCUUAUAUUUUGGAGAUACUGGCUACAGAAGAAUCACGAUCUGUAUCACCCAUGCCAAGUGCAACAACAGAAGUCACAGUGAUUGUGACAGAUGUGAAUGAUGAGACACCUCGAUUCCGUAGUGAACGAUACAUCGGGGAAGUGCUAGAGAAUGCUCAACAGAACACACCUAUCACAUUUCUACAGGAUGCUAUACCAGAAGUGUUUGAUUAUGAUCAGGGCAAAAAUGGUACCUUUGAAUUGUACCUUGUAGGAGAUAAUGGAGUAUUUGACGUGACACCCUUCAAAGGUAUAAACGAGGCUUCGUUUCUAAUCAGAGUAAACGACGCGUCAUUCCUGGACUACGAAAGUGUUACUGUGAUGAACUUCAGCUUGGUUGCUAAAGAGGUUGUUGCCAAAGAUCCAAAAAUGAGUGUAGUCCCAAUAAUGGUGCAUAUAAAAGACGAGAAUGACAACUUUCCGGAGUUUACAGAAACUUUAUACACAGUGUCGAUACCAGAGAACUGCGGAGUUGGCACUACUGUCGCUUGGGUACAGGCUUUGGACCAAGAUUCUGAUAACUAUGGCACUAGAGGAAUUAGAUAUACUAACUUAGGAGGAAGCAUUGCUAAUCUUCUUAACCUAAAUCAAAUAUCAGGAGUAAUAACAGUUAAACAAGCGGGCGGAGACAAUUUCGACCGGGAGCUCGUCUCCCGUCACUACCUCACUGUCGAAGCCCGAGACGAUCUAGGCCGAGGCAACCGAAACACGGCCCAGCUUAUCAUAAACAUUGAAGACGUGAAUGACAAUGCGCCUAUGUUCUUGGGCAAUAAGUACGAAGCUAGAUUGCUUGAGAACGAACGACAGUUUGAGAACCCUCUUAUGCUUGAAGCGAGGGAUAUUGAUUUGAAUGGUACAAAGAAUAGCCACAUAGAAUACUCAAUAGUGGGAGGCGAUUAUAAAUCCAACUUCUCAAUCGACCCGAACCUCGGUAUCAUCACGCCUGUGAGUGGACUCGACUUCGAGCAAAUACCUGGGGAUAAUAGCAACAUUCGGCCAAUACAUUUGACUGUUCGAGCGCGCGACUUCGGCAUACCGCCCUUGUCGUCGACGGUACCUGUAACAAUCUACGUGCAGGACGUGAACGACCACGCCCCAAUGUUCCAGCAGAUGUUAUACAAAAGAUCUAUCCCCGAGGAUAUGCCGGGGGGCACUAGUGUGCUUGAGGUGAAAGCUCGUGACAGCGAUGGUUCUUCACCAAACAACAAAAUCGUAUACCGCAUCCAGCGCGGGGCUAGCGACAAGUUCGUCAUCGACUCGCGUACCGGCGUGGUCUCGGUCGCGAACGGAUCCUCUCUGGACCCCGAUAAGACCAACCCCAAAAGUAACAGAUACACUUUGACUGUGGUGGCUCUCGAUGGCGGUAUAGGCGACCAGCAACUAAGCGCAGCUGUGCUAGUCAACAUUACAAUCGUCGAUGUGAAUAACAAGCCGCCAGUGUUCGUUGAGCCCGGAACUAUCACUAUUAAGGAGAACACACAGGUGGGAACCAUAGUAUACCAAGCACGUGCCAAAGACCUGGACGACCAGCCAGUACUACGUUAUUCUGUAGACAAAAAAGCCAGCAUUGCUCGAGACGAAGACGGUAUCCCCGUUCCAGUGUCAGAGUUUGACUAUCUCGCGCUUUGGGAUUUGAACUCUGUUGACGGCACUUUAAGAGUGGUGAGACUCCUAGAUAGAGAAAAGGUAGAAACAAUAAAGCUGGUACUAACAGUGGAAGACAUGGCAGCUAUCGAAGGCGGUCCACGGCAGACAGCUUCUGCCACGCUCACAGUUGUAGUAGACGAUGAGAAUGACAACAAUCCGAAGUUCCGCAAGCCAUUCUACAAAACUUCUAUUCCAGAAAAUUCUAAGAUUGGAAUCAACAUCGCAACUGUCAUCGCUGAUGAUGCAGACAAAAAUAGGAGCAUGACGUAUUUUCUUGAAGGUCCAGAAGAUCUCCUAAAUCUAGUGCACAUGGAAUCCAAAACGGGCGAGAUAGUGGUAGCAAACAAAAUCGACCACGAACAAUACCCUUGGAUUAAUCUCACUGUGAAAGCUGUAGAUAGCGGUGUGCCGCCGAGAUAUUCCGUCGCUGAUAUGUUUAUACAAGUGCUAGACGAAAACGACAAUAAUCCCGUAUUCGAGUCAUCGACGUUCGAGUACCGAGUUCGCGAAGACGUCGAACCCGGAACAACUAUAGCCGACAUCGUAGCUAGAGACGCCGACUCGGGAGAGUACGGGAAGAUCACUUAUCUGCUUGAUAGGAUAUCUACGCAGGGCAAAUUCCUAAUAAAUCCCGAAACCGGCGCUCUGACAGUGUCCGAUUGGUUGGACCGCGAGACGCAAUCGACGUACAACUUGGUUGUGGAGGCGUGGGAUAAUUACCAGUUCGGAUACCUCAGUGGGGAGAGCAGGAACGCUUUUAAGCAAAUUGUAGUGUACAUAGAAGACGUAAACGACAACCCCCCAAUUCUCCACCUUCCACCCGAAUGCACCACCAUAACUGAAUUCCAUAAUCACCGCGAACCUAUUGUAGCUGUCUCCGCCACAGACGCUGACGACAACAAUUUGCCUAACGGUCGGGUGCAGUUCCAUCUUGUUGGCGGGAAGGGGUACGAUCUCUUCCGCUUCGAACAAAUAGGGGGCGACGCGAACACGGGGCGUUUAUAUGCCCGUCAAUCACUCAAAGACCGAUUCGGAAACUACACUCUCCUAGUCGAAGCCAGAGACCUCGGCGUCCCUUCGAACGUCGCCAAGGGAGAACUUAGACUCUGUGUCACUGAUUAUAAUGACCACGCUCCCGUGUUUAUGCAUCCACCGCAAAAUGUUACCAUUAAGGUGCCUGAGAACGCAACAGUAGGCACGACAGUUGUGGAAGUCAGAGCAAUCGACGCGGAUAUAGGCCCGAACGGCGCCGUGAGGUACCGCGUGCGAAAGGACGCGGCGGCCGCGUGGCGAGCCUUUACGGUACAUGCUACAAGCGGAGCCUUGAGGACUACCAUACCACUUGAUAGAGACAAACAAACUGUAUAUCAGCUAAGGAUAGAAGCCUACGAUCUGGGCCUCCCGACACCUUUAAGCUCAGACUUAGAUCUCACAAUCUACGUACAAAACGUCGACAACUACCGACCACGGUUCCCCAAUAAAAAUUUCCACGUAAAUAUGACCGAAAACAAUCGAGAGGAAGGGGUUUACCUCCCUAGUGUUAUAGAAAGGGAUGCGAUUGAUAGAGGGGAUGAACCUGUUCUGCCUGUGUGUUAUUAUAUCGUUGAGGGGAAUCAGGAUGGAGCGUUCGAAUUGCACCGCAAUACCCAUAAACUAUCAACAACUCGCCCAUUAGACCGCGAACAGCAAGCAAACUACACACUGACUAUACUAGCUACUGAAGACUGUAUUGCCACACCCAACUACCAAGCAGAUGUAGACUUUGUCAGCACAUUAGUUGUCCACGUAACAGUGAAUGAUGUUAAUGAUAACGCGCCUAAGUUUGUUAGUAAGAUAUUCACAGGCGGUAUUACAACUGAAGCUGAUUUUGGAAUUGAAUUUAUGCAAGUAAAGGCCAUUGACUUCGAUGAAGGUGACAAUGCAAAGAUAAGCUAUUACCUCGAUGGUGAAGUGAAGGAAACUUUAACCGAAGGCCUUGAGAACCUAGCCGUCUCGCCAUUCCUGGUCAACAUUGACACUGGGGCAGUGUCCUUGAACUUCGACCCGCAAAAAGGAAUGAAAGGAUACUUUGAUUUCAAGGUAAUAGCCAACGACACAGGUGGUCUACAAGACGAGGCUCACGUAUUCAUAUACCUACUAAGGGAAGACCAACGCGUUCGUUUCGUCCUCCGUGCCCAUCCUUCAGAAAUACGAGAAAAAAUUCACAUAUUUCGAUCACAACUGGCCAAAGUUGCGGAUUCUGUAGUCAAUAUAGAUGAUUUACGAGUACAUGAAAAUAAAGAUGGUUCCGUUGAUAACACUAAGACUGAUUUAUAUUUACAUUUGGUGAAUGGAGAGGAUCAUUCGGUACUCGAAGUUGAUCAGGUGUUAAGGAUUGUUGAUAAGAAUAUCGAACAGCUGGAUGAAUUGUUCAAGGAAUUCAACGUCCUAGACACACAACCCGCGGAAUACCAACCCCUACUAGCCGAUACAUUAUCAUCGAAUCAAACAGUCUUCUGGCUAGUAUGGACAUCACUAUUCCUCGCCGUGCUACUCGUGUUAUCUAUCAUGAUGUGCUUGUCACAACGCGCCGAUUACAUGCGGAGAUUGAAAGCUGCUACUGCCACUGCUUAUUCCUCGGGCACAGCGGGCGAAUCUGACAUGACAAUCCGCAGCACUACAGGACGCGUACCCAACACCAAUAAGCACAGCACCAAAGGCUCCAAUCCCAUCUGGCUACACGCAUACGAAAACGACUGGUACAAAUCUGAUGAACAGAGUGAACGGGAUUCCCUUGACGAGAACGCCGUUGACCAAGACUUGUCUAACGAAAAACCUUAUUUUAUAACCACUGGCGCUUUUCCAUCUCUCGAUUCCAACGAGACUGCUCCACAAACGAAUGAAGCCAAGUACAACUUUUAUCAGCAACUGGAACAAAUGAAGAACGCCAAAAAUAUGGAGACGACUGAACUAUAACUCUAUUUUGACAUGUACUUAUAUAAAUUAUCAUAUGCUUGUGCCUUUAUAGAGCGAGAGUCA